UGGAGACUGGCGAUGGGCGAAGAGGAGGGGAUAAGAGAGACGAGGCACUACAACAGCACUGUUCCUGAGAAAUCAUCACGGUACAGGAUGCACCGUUCUGCUUCUGCUCACUGACAUCCAAACGGAAUCAGUCCACCACAGGACCCAGACCAAAUUAUCAAGAGGACACGCCUGGAAGAAAACGUCAAAGGAUUCCCCGUCGGAACUAUCUACGCUGGACCACAGAUAGCGGCGAUUUGCUGUCACUUUUAUGGACAACAUGAUUUGGCUUUUUCUUGUUUAAGUUAUUUUCCUUUGAUAAAUAGCCUGUAGUAAUAUACGUGCUCUUUAACUUGGAAAGCUCAUGCUUUACGGACUGUUUUGUUUGUUUUUUUGUUUGUUUGUUUUUUGGUUGGGUUUUUUUUUGCAUUAAGUGCACUUAACUGUUUCAUAUAAAGAAGAAAAUAGGAAGAAAAUUACUUGUGUCUUGGGUCAUAGUUUUCUGUCAAAGCGGUGUGUAAAAGCAACGCUUUCCGUAGUAUUUCCUGGACAUUUUACUGCUGCUGAGCAGAUUUUAUGCUGAACCGAUCAUCGCCUUGUGGUCCAUACUUUGGAUGUCCACAAAUAGCCUUUCGUGGAGAGGACCUUACACAAUUCUCCUGGAAGACCCAAGUUGUUAUCUCUCUAAAUCAGACGCUAAUUUGGUCUACUGAAUUUUAUCUUUGAGGCCCGUCCCCUCAAUCAACAAUGAGAUUCAUUCCAUCACGAUUAAGUUAUCUAUUUCUUCAUCUCUUUGCGUUUUGCUACUAUGCUCAGGUAACCAUUCAGUCCCCGCCUAAUUUUACACAGCAUGUGAAUGAGCAAAGUAGGGUGACGGACCGGGUCAGCCGUAGACUUAUUCGGACCUACCAGCUUUACAGCCGAACCAGUGGCAAGCAUGUUCAAGUCUUGGCCAACAAAAAAAUCAACGCCAUGGCCGAAGAUGGUGACGUUCAUGCAAAGCUCAUCGUCGAGACAGACACCUUUGGCAGUCGAGUACGAAUUAAAGGAGCAGAAACAGGACUCUACAUUUGCAUGAACAGAAGAGGGAAACUGAUUGGCAAGAGAAAUGGUCAGGGGAAAGACUGUAUUUUCACAGAGAUAGUGCUGGAGAAUAACUACACGGCUCUCCAGAAUGUAAAGUAUGAGGGCUGGUACAUGGCGUUCACACGGAAAGGAAGACCCCGCAAGGGCUCAAAAACCAGGCAACAUCAACGGGAAGUCCACUUCAUGAAGCGACUGCCCAAAGGACAUCACAUUGCAGAGCACAGACCUUUUGAUUUCAUCAAUUACCCUUUCAACAGACGGACUAAACGCACCCGUUACUCAGGAGAGCGCUGAAGAGAGAAACAGGGGAAUGGAGAGAGACAGGGAGUAAGAGAAAAAGAAAACACCAUCUCAAAUAACUGAACAGAAUCUUCUCAUGGACUCCCAACACUUUUUGUACCGAGCAUUAAUAUACCUAACAUUUAGUUUUUUUUUUAAUAAUGUUUUUAGAAUGAAAGAAAAACACA